GCAGAGUCCGCACACACCGGCCGUGAGUAAAACACAAGUGGAGUGCACUACAGAGUGUACAGAACUCGUUCGCGUUACAAUCUGCUUUGAUGUGAUACAGAGUGCACGAGUGCAGGGAGCGGGGCUGUAAUCUGGAUUAAACCGGAGCGAACAGGUCUGUGUCGGCUGCGCUGGACUGAGCGGAGUGUGAGCUCCUCAUGUCUGCGAUAAGAAGCGCUAUGGCGAAGUUCCGUCUGGCUGUGGUGCAGCUGCAUGUGACAAAGUCGAAGGCUGAAAACUUGUCUCGAGCUCAGAAGCUGGUGAAGGAGGCAGCAGGUCAGGGGGCAAAGGUCGUGUUGUUACCUGAGUGCUUCAACUCUCCGUAUGGGACGGGAUACUUUGCAGAAUAUGCUGAGAAAAUUCCGGGAGAGACGACGCAGGUGCUGGCGAAGGUCGCCGAGGAGUGCGGGAUUUAUCUAGUAGGAGGCUCCAUCCCAGAGGAGGAUGGAGGGAAGCUCUUUAACACCUGCUCAGUGUUUGGGCCUGAUGGAAAACUUCUGCUUAAACACAGGAAGAUCCAUCUGUUUGACAUCGACGUUCCCGGGAAAAUCCGUUUCCAGGAGUCGGAGACGCUGAGUCCAGGGAGCAGUUUAUCCAUAUUCGAGACCCCGUACUGUAAAGUGGGCGUGGGGAUCUGCUACGACAUACGCUUUGCCGAGCUCGCACAGCUCUACGCAAGGAAAGGUUGUCAGCUGCUGGUUUAUCCCGGAGCCUUUAACAUGACCACAGGACCUGCUCACUGGGAGCUGCUUCAGAGGGCUCGGGCAGUGGAUAAUCAAGUGUACGUGGCCACGGCUUCACCAGCCAGAGACGAGAGUGCCGGCUACGUGGCCUGGGGUCACAGCACUGUCGUUAACCCCUGGGGUGAAGUGAUCACAAAAGCAGAUUCGGACGAAAGCGUAGUGUACGCUGAUAUCGACCUGCAGUACCUGGCUGACGUGCGUCAACAGAUCCCGAUCACAUCGCAGAGACGUGACGACAUAUACACGGUGAAGGCUGUUAACGAGGGCUGAGUGCACGCCUGUGUGUGUGUGUGUGACGACAUCGCUGAAAAAAUCAGACACUUGAUUUUGCCUGACUGAGAAGCCUGGUCGCUUGUUUCACCUCGGAUUCAAAUCGUAUUGGUGUGAUUUCAGUUUUUCACAUUUUAAAUGUUUAAUUAAAUCUUCUGAAAUUAAUUUGAGAUGGAGAUUAGUUUGAUAGUUAUAAUCCAGUACUUGGCAUUAUAAAUUUCCUUAGACUCAUGGAUCAUGUGUAUUAUAUCAGUUAAUAAUCUGUUUUAAUUCAUUUUUGAAUGGUGCGAUUGUAUGUGAAUAAUCCCCUUCCAGACAUAAUCCUAAUAAUCCAUAUACAAAUCAAACAAUAAUUACUCUGAUUCAAAUAUAAACUGAACAAUCUUCAUUUUAUCUUAAUACCAAUAAAUGCCAAAUCUGAAUAUUUCCAUAUAUAUAUAUUUUUUUUAUUUAAUUACUCUCUUACCCACUUUCAGUUACUGCUGAUCUGAAUACAUUGUGGAUGGGAUGGCAAUCUGUUACAAUCCUAGUGAUUUUUACUGUAAAGGGAUUUUAAUCCCUUAUCCAGAUAUAAUUCCAGUCUAUCUAGACAUAAUUUCAUGAUAUAAUCCUUUAUAUAAUCCCAAAAAUUAUAUAUAAAUAAUAACAAAAUAAAGGGAUUAUUAUGAUGCUAUACAAGUAAGGAUUUCAUGAAUUACAUCCUUAUGGGUAUUAUUGGAAUGAUACUGCAUGUAGAUAAGGACUAUAUUUAGGCUGGGAUUAUUAUGAUUAUUACAAGAUGGUGAUUAUUGGAAGUAUAUCUAGGUAGGAUUAUAAUCCUGAUUAUUCAUAUCCAGAUAUACUGUAAUCCUGUUUUUUCCAUCUAGAUACAGGCUAAUCCUGGUCAAUUAUCAGGAUAAAAUCCUUAUAAUCCCUUUAUGGAUGGAGUGGCAAUAAUUUAAUGUGUGGAUAAAUUCCCAAUAAUAUUUAUCUUAAUACAAUCCUCAAAGUUUCUUUUCUUUCUUUUUUUUUUUUUAUUAUUCUGAUAAUCUGAAUUUCAUGGAUUAUAUUUAGAUAGGGAUUGUGGAAAUCAAAUGCAGAUAAGGAAUAACAAGAUUAUAUAUAACAUAUAGACAUUAUAAGAAUUUCUGCAUGUAGUUUCAAUAAUCCCUAUUUCAUUAUAUAAUUCAAAGAAUUGCCUUCUUGGAUAUAGUCCUAAUCUAUGUCAAGAGUUAUUAUGUCGUGGCAAUAAUCUCUACAGUAAUCCACAUACAGUAUAUUUUUAUGUAUCUCUGUCUAAUUAGAAGUCCUGUAAUUUCUUUUUGGAUGUAAUCCUGGUGAUGUAUAUUUUGAGAGGGAUUAUUAGGUUUCUGUCUAAGAAGGGAAUCCUUGGAUUGUAUCCAAACAAGGAUUAUAGGAAUUAUAUGUCGAUAAGGAAUGUAUGUCAAAAACAGGAUUGUAUACAUAUAAAGAUAAUAAUAAAAAUAUUUAGGUACAGGUUACUAUGGUUAUAUCCAUAUAACGAUUAUUGGAAUUGAAUCCAGAAAGAAUAUAAUCACCAUCAGGAUAUAAUCCCUGCAAUCCCUUUAUUGGUAUCUACAUAUAUUUUGAAUAAUUAUCUGACUAUAAAUCCUAUUUGAAAAUAGAAAUAAUCCUUAUAGUCUAAACGCAGUACAGACAGUCCUUAUACUCCUGAUAACGCCUGUACAGACAGGAUUAUGGUUUCACUUUGAGAAGGUAAUUCUGAUGCCUUAACCCACUUGGUGUACAAUGUCUUUAUUGCAUGUUCGAUCAGUAACUGUCAGAGAGAACAGGUUAAACCAUCACAAAGUGCCUGAAAGACUUUUUGUGGACAGGAAACAUAUAAUUAUCAUUACUUUUAAAGUUAAACCUAACAGUGGGAAUCGAUACUGUGAAUGUGUUUAAAAUCUUUUUCUGAAAGAAAAAAAGGCUUGAUUGACAGGUCACCAAUCCUGUUUAACUGACUUAACGUUUGUUAAGUUGUAAGCUACCUAGAGGCUGCCUAUAAUGAUGCCUAAUGAUGUAAUGAACUGAAAUACGAUGAAGCGAAAAUAAAACUGAAAUUUCUACCCGA